AUGAACCAGACUGUCUUACAUAGCACUGUAUUCUUCACUGCGUAUGGACCUCCAGGCCCACUCAACUACGCAGCUUUAUUCUUAACAUUUUUGCUUUUCUUCAUUACAAUAUUUACCAACAUCAGUCUCAUGCUUGUCAUCUACUUAGAAUCACACUUACACAAGCCCAUGUACAUAUUUCUGUUCAACUUGGCGGUGAAUGGACUGAUUGGGUGUUUAUCCGUCUGUCCGAAGAUCAUCGACAAUCUUGUUAAUGACAUAAAGGACAUCUCUCACAAAGGUUGUUUAUUGCAGGUGUUUUUCAGCAGUGUAUAUGCAUUGUGUGCUUACGUUAUUCUAGCAGUGAUGGCAUAUGACAGGUAUGUCUCAAUUUGUAAGCCAUUGAAAUAUCAUAGCAUUAUGACUCCUUCUAAAGUGAAGAUGUUGGUAGCCUUGGUAUAUUUUAUUCCCAUAACUAUGCUUGCUUUUCAAAUAUUUAUCACUUCUAGGCUCCCUGUGUGCAGCUACAACAUCAAUAAGCUUUUUUGUGAUAACUUAGCAGUUGUUAAACUCUCCUGUGUUGAAAGUGCACUGAGUAACCUGUAUGGUAUAUGUAUAAUAGCAAGUCUAGUGGUUUUACCUUUUGUGUUAGUUGUGCUUUCAUACAUCAAAAUAUUACUUGUUUGCUUGAAAGUCUCAAAGGAGUCACGAAAUAAGGCUUUUAAUACGUGUGCUCCCCACUUGAUCACAUUCAUCAACUUCUCUACAGCCAUCCUUUUUUCUGUUGUUUACAACAGGCACAGUACAGUCAGCAAGGAGGUUAAUGUAUUAAUAUCAGUACAGUUCAUUCUUUUCCCACCACUGAUAAACCCUAUCAUAUAUGGUAUUAGGACCAAGGAGAUCAGAACAUGUAUUACAAAAAUUAUAAGAACAAGAAUCUUUCCUAACUCUUGA